GGAAAAUAGCAAAUUGCAUUACCUUUAUUCUCGCGAUGCAUGAAUCUAAUUCAGAUGUAUAACAUGUUCUUACGUCAAGGCGUGGAUGAAAUUAGUAGUGCCGAUUCCUUGCAAUUUGACAUCGGGACAAUUAAAAUUGCAACGGACAACUUUUCUGAUACAAACGAGCUUGGAAAAGGUGGAUUUGGUAUUGUUUACAAGGUAAUGAGACCCAAUCGAGUCGUAAAUUAUGUCAUUUUACUUGUCGUAAUUAGUUAAAUCUAAUAUCAUGAAUGUUGAGGUUAUAUAUAUGAUAGAUUUUGGUAUAUUCAUAUCUUUCAGGGUGAGCUUCCAAAUAGACAAGAAAUAGCUGUGGAGCGGUUGUCCAAGACUUCUCAACAAGGAGAUCUAGAAUUUAAGGAUGAGGUCAAGUUAGUGGCUACUCUUCAACAUAGGAAUUUGGUAAGGCUCCUAGGAUUUUGUUUGGAAGGAAAGGAAAGACUUCUAAUUUAUGAGUUUGUACCUAAUGCAAGCGUUGAAAAGUUCAUAUUUGAUCCAAACAAGAGUGCACUAUUGAAUUGGGAAAUGCGUCACAAACUUAUAGAAGGCAUCGCUCGAGGUCUUCUUUACCUCCAUGAAGAUUCGCGACUUCGUAUUAUUCACCGUGAUCUACAGGCUAGCAACAUCUUGUUAGAUGCAAAUAUGAAUCCAAAGAUUUUAGAUUUCGGCAUGGCAAGAUUAUUUGUAUCAGAUCAAACCCAAGGCAAAACGAGCAGAAUUGUGGGGACCUACGGAUACAUGCCUCCAGAAUAUGUAAUGUGCAGACAAUUUUCAGUAAAAUCUGAUGUGUUUAGUUUUGGCGUGUUAGUUCUGGAGAUAGUGAGUGGUAAAAAUAUUAACUCUAGUUUUGAGGGAGAGAAUGAAGCUGGCGGCCUUCUAAGUUAUGUAUGGAAAAAUUGGAGGGAGGGGACAACCUCAAAUACUGUAGAUGCCACAUUAAAGGCCAGGUCAACAAGUCAAACAAUGAGAUGCAUCCACAUUGGAUUAUUAUGUGUUCAAGAAAAUGUGGCUGUCAGACCAACCAUGGCUACAGUCGUCCUCAUGUUUAAUAGCCACUCUAUUACUCUACCAGUACCCUCAAGACCUGCAUUUCUUAUGCACAACACUAGAUCAGAUGUGUCGUCCCAAUCAAAGAACGGUGUUGGGGUAACAACACCAAAUAGGCGUGGAAGUUGCAUUGUCCAAGCCUCAAUAAAUGAAGCUUCAAUAUCUGAGCUAGAUGGUCGCUAACUUUAAUGGAAGCUAGUGGGAAUGCAAUUCUACAGGUUCAAGAUUCCCAUCCCCCACCCCCUGUUUUUCAAUUUCUUAAGCAACAUCUCUAUAAAUGAAGAUGGUGCAUUGGUGUGUAGUUAGGCAGCAAAAAUAUAUAUGGUGUCAUUUUCUUCAUCCCAAAUGUUUAGACGUGAUUAAACUUUAAAGUUU